UAGCGAAUAUGGCUGAGAACAAUGGCAAUGAUUGUUGAGGUAGCUUUGCGUUCUGCUGCUGUGUCAACCUGUCAACAGAGACGGUAUCUCUGAUCCGGGACGAGUCGCGCGCGACCGCUUGGCGUAGCGUAUAUUAUGGCAACUGCUAUUCAAGAAAAUGGCAUGAAACCAUUAACUAAUAAAUCAUUGAAUCAUGUAGAGGAUGUUAAUAAUUUGGACAAUCCGGAGGAAAAAGACAAUAGAUUGUUUGAUGGGCAACUUCAACCAUAUAUGGAUCAUGCCGAAGUUCAUGAAGAACCUCCUGAGCUCGAUAUCGUUAUUAAUAAUGUAGUUUGUAGUUUUAGUGUAAGGUGUCAUCUAAAUUUGCGAGAAAUAGCACUCAAUGGAUCCAAUGUUGAAUACAGACGAGAAAAUGGGAUGAUAACAAUGAAAUUAAGGAGACCAUAUACCACUGCAUCUAUCUGGUCAUCUGGCAAAGUAACUUGCACUGGAGCAACCAGUGAGAUACAAGCGAAAAUUGCAGCGCGUAGGUUCGCUCGUUCUCUUCAAAAGCUUGGAUUCAAAGUAAGAUUUAAUAACUAUAGGGUGGUGAACGUACUAGGUACUUGUUGUAUGCCAUUUGCAAUCAAGAUAACAUUAUUUUCGGUGCAUCACAAAGAAAAUGCAGAUUACGAGCCGGAAUUACAUCCUGGUGUUACAUAUAAAUUAAAGGAACUAAAAGCCACUCUGAAGAUAUUUUCUACAGGAAGUGUUACUGUGACAGCACCUAAUGUUGCUGCAGUUCAAGCGGCAAUUGAACAUAUUUAUCCACUAGUCUAUGAAUUUCGUAAGGAGCGAUCGCCAGAAGAUGAACUUGCGUUAACAACGAAAAAACGCAAGUUAGCUUCGAAUAAGAAAAAAUUGGACGAGUUCCUAGAAGAAGAACCGGAUUUUUCGUACGAAAGUAUGAUCUCCGAUGCGGAAGACGCGCUCGAUGAAGAUAGUGACGGAAGUUGGGACUGAUCUGUUUUAUUUUAUCACCGUACUGUUAACUGUUAUCUAUAUCGUUCUUUUGAUAAUAAAUGCAUAUACUGCUCUAUGUACAAAAGUGUUAUUGCUAAAAGUGAAGUGAAGCAUAAAUUCGUUUUUAUAGUGCAAGAACUGCAAGUGUGUAAGUGUCAGGGACAAAAUAAUAUAGA